CGGAGCCUGUGACCGAGUGGGAGUGGAGUGGAGCGGCCGUUGUUGCCGACUCUUUCCUCCUCCCCACGGUCCAGUCAGCGGUUGAUUAGGCCAUCGGCCCUCAAGCCGAAACUUGUCUCUUAUUUAGUUCUGGGGAGCGCCUGGCCGACAUGAGUGAUGUAGAGGAGAACAACUUCGAGGGCAGAGAGUCUCGCUCUCAGUCAAAAUCUCCAACGGGAACUCCUGCUCGUGUAAAAUCGGAGAGCAGGUCAGGAUCUCGUAGUCCAUCAAGGGUUUCCAAACACUCAGAAUCCCAUUCUCGAUCAAGAUCAAAAUCCAGGUCGAGGUCGAGGAGGCAUUCUCAUAGACGUUACACUCGAUCCAGAUCCCAUUCUCACUCUCAUAGGAGACGAUCUCGAAGUAGGUCAUAUACACCAGAAUACCGGCGUCGAAGAAGCCGAAGUCAUUCUCCAAUGUCUAACCGGAGAAGACAUACAGGCAGCAGGGCAAAUCCAGAUCCCAACACUUGUCUUGGAGUGUUUGGCCUCAGUUUAUACACAACUGAGAGAGAUCUUCGUGAAGUAUUUUCUCGAUACGGACCAUUGAGUGGUGUCAAUGUGGUUUAUGAUCAGCGAACUGGACGAUCACGAGGAUUUGCUUUUGUUUAUUUUGAAAGAAUAGAUGACUCAAAGGAGGCUAUGGAAAGGGCAAAUGGAAUGGAGCUGGAUGGUAGAAGAAUUCGAGUGGAUUAUUCUAUUACCAAGAGAGCUCACACACCUACACCCGGCAUCUACAUGGGCCGACCAACUCAUAGUGGCGGUGGCGGUGGUGGAGGUGGUGGUGGAGGUGGAGGCGGUGGCCGGCGUCGAGACUCUUACUAUGAUAGAGGAUAUGAUCGUGGGUAUGACAGAUAUGAAGACUAUGAUUACCGGUACAGAAGAAGAUCACCUUCUCCUUACUAUAGUCGGUACAGGUCACGAUCGAGAUCUCGUUCCUACAGCCCAAGACGCUAUUGAUAUACAGAAUGGUUGCAGAUGAGGACAUCUUUUUCUGUGUGUGUGUGUGUGUGUGUGUGUUGAUUUGGGGUUUGUUUGUUUUGGUUUUGGUUUGGUUUUUUGUUUAAUUCUGGAUUUCCCCAAGCUUCUAAUCCUUCUUCUUAAAAAGAACCCUUAAAAAAAAUCUUCGGUUUAUUCACCAUCUACACUAUGUCAGUUGUAUUGCUGUUUCCACCCCUUUUAGUAUGCUCUUAAAGAUAUAAUUGUUGUCAUUUGAGUAAGCAUCUUAAGUAAAAAAAGGAACUCCCAGUGUUAGGCUUUGUAAAUGAUUUUUUUCUUUUCUUUUUUUUUUUUAACUUUUUUUUCUUUUUUUGCUUUGCUUUGUUUUUACAGAAAAUUAACUCCUGGCUAAUCAAAUGAGGAAAGAAAUGAUCUUUUUAAAGUUUCUUUUGUGUUAGAUAUUGUAUUAGAUAUUGUACUAGGGACCUCCAUUUAUGACAGACUCCUUUUUUAACUUUCUUUUGGGGAAGGUAGUAACACAUAAAGUAGUUCAGUCAUGUCAAGUUUGUCUGGGGUGGCGUGGAGCAGUCACAUAGUUGAGUGUAGAAAGUUUGAAGCUAUAGAAGAAAACACUUGGUCAUUUCUUUUGAAGAACGAAAUUUUUGAACCCUAAAAAUUACAUCAUUUUUUUUAGAGAUGAAAAGCUUGUGGACUCCUACAAAAUAUGUUGUAUUUAAAAUACAUCUGUUAAAACUUAAAGUGUGAUUUUUGUGUUGAAUUUAUUGAAAUUUAAGUAUUCCCUUAAUCAGUGAAGGACAACUCUUAUUAUUUAUUACUUAGAGCAAUUAUAUACUUUCCUAUUAGAAAUUUUGGUAUUGGGACAAUGGUUAAGCAGGCUAUUAUUGUAUAGUAUAGAGUCCUUAGAAGAUACGUGUGAGGAAAAGUAGUCUCCUUUCAAAUAAAAGUUAA